UGGGCCCAAGCCCUGGGGGAAAUGGCUGGCGUCCAGGUGCCCCUGGUGGCCAUGCACCAUGCCUAUGUGGUGACAGAGAAGAUCGAGGGGAUCCAGAACAUGCCGAACGUUCGAGACCACGAUGCCUCUGUGUACUUGCGUCUCCAAGGUGAUGCCCUUUCUGUGGGUGGCUAUGAGUCAAACCCCAUCUUCUGCGAGGAGGCGUUGGACAAUUUUGCUUUUGGUCUCUUCAAUCUGGACUGGGAUGUAUUUACACAGCAUAUUGAUGGUGCUAUCAACCGUGUCCCAGUGCUGGAGAAAACUGGAAUUAAAUCAACUGUCUGCGGACCAGAAUCCUUCACUGCAGACCAUAAGCCUCUCCUAGGAGAAGCGCCAGAGGUCCGUGGCUUUUUCCUGGGAUGUGGCUUCAACAGUGCCGGAAUGAUGCUUGGAGGAGGCUGUGGGAAGGAACUGGCCCACUGGAUUGUCCACGGACAUCCGGAGAAGGACAUGUUCAGCUAUGACAUUAGGAGGUUUCACCGCUUCCUCACGGGCAACAGCCGCUGGAUCCGAGAGAGGAGCCACGAGUCCUACGCCAAGAACUACUCCAUCGUGUUCCCCUACGAUGAGCCCCUGGCUGGGCGUAACUUGAGGAAGGACCCUCUCUACGAGGAGCUGCUGCUUCAGGGCUGCGUCUUCCAGGAGCGACAUGGGUGGGAGAGGCCAGGCUGGUUCAACCCAGCGGGCAAAGCGCCGGUGCCGGACUACAACUAUUACGGGGCUUAUGGCCACCCGCCCUGUGAGGAGGAUGCCUAUCGCCAGCUGCUCUCCAAGGAGUACACCUUCGACUUCCCUCCUCAUCAUAGCACUAUCAGGGCAGAGUGCUUGAGCUGCCGAAAUGCUCUCGCUGUCUUCGACAUGUCUUACUUUGGCAAAUUCUACCUGGUGGGCCCAGAUGCCAGGAAGGCGGCCAACUGGCUCUUCACCGCUGAUGUUCGCAAGGCCCCAGGAACCACCGUUUACACCUGCAUGCUGAACAAGGACGGGGGAGUGGAAAGUGAUUUGACAGUGAGUCCGAUCGACCCGGGGCCCCGAGACUCAGCCCUGGCACCUGCCUUUGAAGGGGAUGGCUACUACCUGGCCAUUGGGGGCGCUACUGCCCAGUACAACUGGUCACACAUCAGGACGGUGCUGCAGGAGAAGCACUUUCGGUGCCAGUUGAUUGACCGGUCGGAAGAGCUGGGCAUGAUCAGCAUUCAAGGCCCUGCCAGCCGGUCCGUCCUGCAAGAAGUGCUCGAUGUAGACCUGAGCAACGAGGCCUUCCCAUUCUCCACCCACCAGCUGGCCAAGGCUGCUGGCUUCCCGGUGCGGGCCAUGAGGCUGUCCUUCGUAGGCGAGAUGGGCUGGGAGCUGCAUGUGCCUCGGGAGCACUGCCUGGAGGCCUACCGGGCUGUCAUGGAAGCCGGGGCCAAGCACGGCAUUGCCAACGCCGGAUACAGAGCCAUCGACUCCCUCAGCAUCGAGAAAGGUUAUCGGCACUGGCAUGCAGACCUCCGCUCAGACGACAGUCCCUUGGAAGCCGGACUGGCCUUCACCUGCAAGCUGAAGUCGGAGGUGGCUUUCCUGGGACGGGAGGCAGUUGAGGCCCAGAAGGGCGCUGGUCUCUUCCGCCGUCUGGCCUGUUUCACCAUUGACGAGAAAGUCCCCUUCUUUGGCUUGGAGGCCAUUUGGCGCAACGGCCAGGUGGUGGGGCACAUCCGAAGGGCAGACUUUGGACACGCUAUCAACAAAACAAUUGCCUACGGCUAUAUCCGAGAUCCUGAAGGAGGGCCGGUCUCCCUGGAGUUUAUAAAAAGCGGCGACUACAUUUUGGAGAGGAUGGGAGUUCCUUUCCCAGCCAGAGUCCACACCAAAUCGCCUUUUGAUCCAGAGAACAAGAGAGUCAAGGGGAUCUACUGAAUUUGUUGGAUAUGGAUGGAUCCAGCUCACCGGACGUAAGGAGGGGACAGUGAAAUGAAACAGAACAUGGAAGGUCCCUGGCUCAACGGACACCAUGCCCCCUUCAAGACAAGUCCCGAGGCUGAGUGGUGGGGAAAGUGACUUUCCUCUUUUGGAGACUUAACCCGGAGGGCCAGCUGUGCAUCUCCAAUGUGCUCCAGGUUUUAAAAUCAUCUUGAAAGCCGCCUCACACACUGAUUCUAAGGGCAGCCUGGUUUAACUAGUAUCCCUUUCAGAAUGUCCCCAUUUUUGGCCACUUUGGUUGUUCUGACAUAAUUAUAAUAAAAAGGACAAUGGUAACAUAUUUUUUUAAAUUCCGAAACUGAUUGUUAGCAUCUAGCUUUAAAUAAAGUAAAUAUUUCCCAUGAUAA